ACGAGUGAGAUCGUCAUAGCGAGGGUGACAAUGGCGCACGGCGUAUCUUCAACUGUGAUUAUGGCGGCCUUGCUUCUGCUGAUUGCAGCUGCCACACCUGCACUUGCGCAACCCCCGUCCGUGAGCAUUAAUUGGGUCACAUUUGGCGGGACCGGGUGCAGCUGGAGCAACAGCAACUACGUCUACUCAAGCGACUCGAAGACGAUCACUUUCAUCUUCGGCGGGAUGGUGGCCACCACCGACGGAGUGCUUGCGGAUAAGCGGAAGGCGUGCCAGAUCUCCAUGUCCGUGAAUUAUCCUGAUGGCUGGAGCUACACGCUGGGGCAGGUGACCGGCCGUGGAUUCGCCGACGUUGCCGCAGGAUCCAAGGGCGUUUACGAGACGCAAUUCUACUUCUCGGGGCAGACUGGCACCCCCAGUGUCAGCCGCACSCUCACGGGCAAGUAUGUCGACAGCUUCGAGUUCACGGACUACUUCACGACGUCUGUCUGGAGCCAGUGCAACAACACUCCUAAUCUCAAUAUCAAGUCGGUGGUCAGGGUGGAAGGAAGCAAGGCCGUCAUGGCGCUCGAUUCCUCGGACACCAAGUUCCAGCUCGUCUACUACUUCAACUGGAAGCAGUGCUAAG